ACGUGUACGUCAUUUUCACAAUGGCGGAGGCUGGGUGAGGAGGAGAGUGUGUGAGAGAAGCGGCGCCGUAAUCGUUAGAGCUACACUGCCCGUAAUACGUGCACGGUGCCCGAAAAUGGCCCUGAACCCCAGCGCCCUGGGGAGAAAGGACUCAGGAUGUACCGAGACGGGCGAUCCGCACCCGGACGGCGGCGAGCCCCACAAGAAUCCAGCCGCCAGCUCGGCCACAGCCAACCAAAAUGGCGAUCAGCCUGGAUGUGGAGACGGUGUAAUGCCCGAGCAUGAAGCCCCUGAGCGGCGGAGGAGCGUGCAACCGGACGGCAGGAGCUUCAGCAGCUCGCCUCUGCCCGGGCACCGACCGAGCGACGAGCUGCCACGCAAGAAUUUCCAAAUCCCGAGGAAGAUACGAGAACGCAAAGGCUUGUACCAGUUCCUGCCUCCUGACAGCCGGGAGUUCGAGGACCUGGUGAAGAUCAUCACCUCGUUUUACCUGGACUCAUCAUCGCGGGGAACCUUCUCCUACUGCAAAGCCAGGCUCAUUCACAACGAGCUGCUGGGGAAGGAGUUUAUCGAGAAACGGAGAGAGAUGAAGCAGGAGGGGAGAACUGAACAAGAGCUGACGGAGUCUUACUGCUUCCUUUUUCCAGAAAAGUCCAAGCUCCAGUGGGUCUGUGAGAAGGGCCUCUCCGUCGGCCACUCCAGGAUCACAACUCUAGGAAAUCCAUCAACAGGUGUUUAUCUCUCCAAAUAUUCUGAUUUGUUACAAAUCAACCCUUUUGAAGUGGGCUCGUUUGGGGACAUGAUCAUUUUCAAAGUUAUGAGGGGACGGAUAAAGCACAUCCACGAGAACAUGCCUAAGAAUGCAAUAGAGCCUACACCCAAGGUUGACUGUCACUUGUCCAAAAGUGCCAACAGGGUUACGUCUUUGCUGUCCUACAGGGCUUUUGAGCUGACACAGCAAUAUUUCUUUGAGUUUGCAUUUGAUGAGAUCAAGGCGCGGCCCAGGCACGUAUGCCCCUAUGCCGUGGUUUCUUUUCAGUACAAAGGCAAAGAAGCUGCAGCAACUCCCAUGACUGCACACAGAUUCAAUACUAUUUUGCCUGAAGGAAGUCGAGGGAAAAGCUGCUACACUGUGUGGAGUGGUCCACUUGUAAAUAAAGGGCAGGAGUUAUUUCCAGUUUGUUUACGAUCCUCUUCACGUCCCUAUCUUCCUUUUAAACUGCCUGAGAAGCUGGAGGUGACUCGGGGCAUGCAGCUGGAGCAGGUGAAACGGAAGAUUCCUCCCAUCCUCUUUUCAUGGGACACCUACAGUGCAUCACGGGAAGUGAUGAAGUGUGGAAUGUCCUGUAGCCUGUUCGAGGUGGUGGAUGGCAAAGGCAAACCGACCUGCGGCACUUUGGCAGCUCUGGUCACCAAACUGGAGAGAGACAGGAUGGUGCUAGUGAAGUCCUUGUUUGACCGGGGCUUCCUCUUCCUGCUGUCCUCUGCUCAGAUGGUCGAGUCUAAAGAGCGACGGGGGCGGGUUGAGAAGAGCCUGCAAGCAUUAUUCAUCUUUCAGGAGUCAAGGGCGGUUGUAAAAUACUCAUCUAGACUGUUUGAGCCCGAGCCGCUGGCCGUGGAGUCCCAGGCCCCUGUCCUGUCCUCGGUGGAGUCCUUCGUCCCUGCCCUGCACUACGCCUUGUUCAAGCUGCGGCCCAACCCAGGAAAGGACCUGAGCUCUGGGGUGGAGCGGCAGGCCACCGAGUACUUAACACGCAUGGAUUCGGGCACAGUGCGACCCUUCAUCCUGCCUGAAUACAAGUACAACGUGGACGAUCGAACCAACCCUCUCCAAGUGCCCAGGCACAAAUUUAACAUGGAGGGACUGCUGCGUUCAUAUGUCCACAACCCUGCCAACUAUAUUUUACCUCUAAACAAAGCCAAGGACAUCCUUGAAAGAAUAAGGAACCCUGUACCUGUACCCACACCCACACCUACACCCACGCCCAUACCCAUACCCACGCCCACACUUGUACCUGGUCCAGUGGAAUAUAGCCCAGUUUCUGACUGGGGCGGCUCAGACAGGGGUUCUGAUAGAGCCGAGAGACCCACAGAAAGAGCCCAGGAGAGGCCGCCUCCAGAGAGGCCUGCUCAGGAGAAGCCUCCCCCAGACAGUGGCAGACGGAAGCCGGGGUUGGCGCAUUCGAACGGGGCGCAGGCACAGCACAAAACUCAGAUCGAACCUCAGGCUCAGAGGUUGCGGCUGUCCCAGAAUGAAUAUGACAAGGACAAGAUGAAACAGUUGUUAAAGCUAAUUCAGCUCCAUAAGAAAGCACUAAUAAAGGAUCCUGGGAAGGAACGAGGCGAGGACGGCGCAUUUGACGUCAACAGUCUAAAGAGGAAGUUUGAGGGAGAGGACAGAGGAGGCCCGAACAAACACCAGCGUACGGAUCAGCUGAGCAAUGGGGAACCAAGUAGAGGCUCUCAGGUGGAUGAAAUGGGAGAUGAAGGUGCACAGAACGACCAUCUGACAGCAGUCAUGGAAAGCAUGGGCAUUUAUGACACCGACCUAAGGGCCCGCGGCAGCUCGAACUCCUCGGAGGUCGGCGAGACCCAGCGCCUUCUCAGGAUUCUCCUGGCUACUCUGAGCAAAGCGGUGGCGAAGGGAUCGGUGUCUUUGCAGUCAAACGACGGUGAACCAUCGACCGGUUCAGGAAUAGCGGAGGCUGCUUUCCAUGAUCCAGAGCUUAGCAAACAAAAUGAGCCUGCAUCACAAACAAACUACACAGAGGAGGACAUGGACUGUAGCCCUGGCAGUCCAUUCAGCGCAGGCUCUCCAUCAGAGCAGGCCAACACCUCACAUAUCCCGUCCUGGGUUGUCCCCUUGAAUGAAGGUACAUCAAAGCUCUCACAAAUUCAGAUGAGGUUCACAAGGCAUCGCUGUGACAAGUUUCCUGUCUGCUUUUCUCCAGAAAAACCACAACCGUUUCCUGAGCCCAAGUCGGAGGAUAUGACGGUUUCAGACCACCUCCCAGAGCUGGCGCCUGCAGCUGUGGAAGUGAAGGAGGAGGCUACACCACCCACAUUACCUGCUGUAGAGGAGGUUGCCUUCAGGCCGUCCAUAAGCCUGGACACCAUACUCAACCAAGAACUACACAGCCUCACUUCUGACAUUAAAAGCCUCAUGCAGACUCAUCACAUCUCUUAUACCUCGCACUUGCCCCCACGGUUACCUCCGCGGCACAGCUGGCAUCCCACCAGCUGCUUUUCAAACUUUGUCGUCUCCUACGUCUCCCCUGUGCCCAUUCAGGGACAUGUCAAAACUCUGUGUGAGAAGAUGGACAAGUUGAUCCCAGCCCCACCUGCUCCCUCCAGGGUCCCUUCUCCACCUCCCCCAGUGACAUCUCAUUUUACAACACCCCCCCCUGCCCCUAUCCAGACUUCCAAAACUAAAGCAGAGCCCUGUCUUUCAAAAAGCACCACCCCCCCUCAAAGUGGUAAAGUGGGUGCUGUCAAAGAAACAACAACUGCGUCCAGUAAGGUUAAAACAGAGGCCGUGUCGACGGAGUUGCCGGCGGAGGUCUACUCUCCCUCUCGUGUCACAGCAAAUUCUCCGGAGUCCAACUCCCAAACCGCGGGCGCUGCUUCUGGCAGCGGGUCGGGCCUACUGGCCGGCAGCCUCAUCGGUCAGUUGAAGCCCGAGGUUUUCAGCAGCCUGGUGGAGAUUUUUAAGGACGUCACCAAGAACACAGUCAAGUUCUACAUCUACUCUGGGGACGAGGGGGACGAGAACGAGGUCUGCAAGGAAAUAAAGGAGUACUUAAAAAGUCUUGGCAACAGCGAGUGCAGCCCUCAGACAUUUCUGGAAAACAGUGGCAGUUUAGAUAAGCUCCUCAUCAUCAUUCGGAACGAGGACAUCGCUGCGCAUGUGCACAAGAUCCCAGCUCUGGUGUCGUUAAAGAAAUUGCCUUCAGUGAGCUUCGCUGGAGUUGACACUCUGGAUGAUGUCAAGAACCACACUUAUAAUGAGCUGUUUGUGUCUGGAGGCUUCAUGGUGUCUGAUGAGUUUGUCCUCAACCCCGACCUCAUCACACAGGAUCGUUUGCAGGGGCUGCUGAAGUUCUUGGAGGAGCAGAGCACACCUGAACAUCCCUGGCAAUGGAAAGUGCACUGCAAGUCCCAGAAGAAGCUUAAAGAGUUGGGGAGGUUAAAUACUAACGCCAUGGGGCUGCUGAACCUGCUGACAGCCUACCAGAAGAAGCACCUAGUGGAAUUCCUCCCUUAUCACGAGUGUGACACCGCGUCGCGUCAGGCUCCAGACCUGGACUGUCUCAUCAAGCUUCAAGCUCAGAACACACAGCAGCGGCAUCUCAUCUUCCUCACAGAACGACCGUUUGAGAUGUUCCUACAGUAUUCCAGAAAUGGAAUAGUGAUAGCAAGCAUUGAUGACAUCAUGAGUGGUUUCCACAGUCUGAUUGGCUCCAUAAACCAGAAUGAUCUCCCAACACCGCCCUCUACUGUAGUGAAUGAUGAGUGUGUGGAAGAGGAGGACAUGUCAUUAGACUCUGAUGAUGGUGAGCCGCCAACGAUAUCGGAUUCCGCAGAUAAGAACCAAGAAGUGGGGAAGGAAAAGCCUCCCCAGCCGCCCCCACCGGCGCUGGAAGAGUUCCGUCCUCCGCUCCCAGAUCAGCAGACCACCUCUGAGACAACGCCAACGCUGUCUGAUUACAGCGCUCUCAAAACAGCAAUCUCGCAGUUCAAAGCCUCCAACCAGAUAGGCCUGAGCUCCUCAGACGCUGGCAGCUUGUCGCCAGGAGGGUUUCCUGUGAAUCCCCACCAGAGCUUUCUGUGUCCGUCUGCUUCGUGGUCGUCUUACACCGGCUCCUCCAGCUACGCGGCCUCCCCAGCCUAUCCCGCCUCUCCCUGCAGCAGCACGCAAGAACAGGAAUUUCGGCCUCCGGUUACAGCUGCAGCUGUAGCCACCGUCUCAACCCCCCCUGUCAUGGCCACACCAGGACCUCUAGCCAACUUGGCCUCUCUUCCCUUAGAAGUCAAACCCCCGCCUCCACCUCACCUAAUGAUGCUGGGUCACACGUAUGGCUCAGACACUGGGGGAGCUGGGGCUACUGGGAGCUCGCCCCUCACAACCUCCCUUCCCUACACAGACCAGAGUGACACAGCCCAGCCAGGUUACACGGCUGGCAUUGGUAAAAAUGCGAGUGGGACACCCGCACAGCAUGAAAGGACACCCAGUGGAACCGAAGAGAAAUCAUGGGGCACCACAGGGACCAGCACUUGUGAGAUGGUCACCCCUGGCCUGGUGGACCCCAGUGGGCUUCCUAAGACUGCAGAAAACCUAGGAGGCAGCACCGCUGCUAGUCAUGGCAGCAGAACUCAAAUGAAUUGCGCCGACAGCCUUGUUCCGUCUGUGGGCAUUCCCAACAUGGCCACCAGGGGGGGCGCAGUCGUCAGGCCUAAGAUGCCUCCACAUCCAAUGUGUGGUGUGGGCUUUGGCAGCAUAGGCGGGGUUCCAGGACAAAUGGACCAUGGGCCCAUGAGGGGUGCGAUGGGUCCUGGUUUUUUAGGAGGCUACCGAGGAAGGGGACCCCCACCAGUAGGACUUUGGCCUCGUCCAGGCCGAGGACACGAUCGGGGGGGAGGGAGCGGCGGUGGACCUUGCUCGUGGGGUUAUCCGGGUAGAGGUGGGGCACAGGCUUACUACUCGAACUACACAUACUCUCACAAUUACGCCCCUCAAUAGACAAUCAGCGUGAUCCAAGGGGCAACACGACACGCCAAACUCCAGAGACUAUUCGAGAUGGCUGAAUGUAUAUAUUUCCUUGUCAUAAACAUGUUGAUUUAAAUCCGUAAAUAGGGAACUUGGUUUUCUACAUUAAUAAAAAUUGAUACAGGCAGCGCCGAGUGUCCUACUGUCGUGUAACUGUACAUACACUCUUACCAUGUGAGCUGCCCGAGACCCUGUUCAAACCACUAUAUUUAUAUUUGCCAACAGAUGUUAAUGGCCUUCCAACUCUCGUAAGUUAUCAACUUAUUUCGUUUUUGUCCCGGUUUGAACGACUUGUGAACAAGGGGGAAAGGCUGAUAUUUUUUUAAGGAAAAAAAAAAACUUAGUGAAUGAAAUUUCACUUUUGCUGUUGGUUUUCUUUUUUUUAUUUUACAUAUUUGGUUGUCCUAAAUUCUAUCCAAAUAAAACAUUUCAGAUAUUGUUUGUGUGAUGGGUUUGAUGACAGUGUCAAACACACCAUUAAAAAUGUAAAUCCUA